AUGACACUGCUGCCCGGCACAGGGGAUCAGCAUCAUCUCCCAGAAAUGACCAACAUCUCCACGGUGGCCGAAUUCCUCCUCCUGGGGUUCUCUGACAUCCGGGAGCUGCAGCUGCUCCAUGCCACGCUGUUCCUCCUUGUCUACCUAAUGGCCCUUCUGGGGAAUCUCCUCAUCGUUGCUGUCACCACCCUCGACCAGCGUCUCCACACCCCCAUGUACUUCUUUCUCCAGAACUUGUCCUUCAUAGACCUCUGCUACAUUUCUACCACGGUACCCAAAUCCAUUGCCAACUCCUUGACCGGUGACAGCUCCAUCUCCUUUCUGGGUUGUGUCUCCCAGCUCUUCCUAGUGGUCUUGUUUGCCGGUUCAGAGUUUUAUGUCCUCACCGCAAUGUCUUAUGACCGCUAUGCCGCCAUCUGCUCCCCCCUCCGCUAUGAGCUCAUCAUGAACAAAACAGCCUGUAUGCGCAUGGCAGCAGCAUCAUGGCUCAGUGGGGGUCUGCUUGGGGUCUUGUUUUCAGCUUCUACCUUCUCCCUGACCUUCUGUGGGUCCAAUGCCGUCCAGCAGUUCUUCUGUGAUGUCCCCCCUCUGCUGAAGAUCUCCUGCUCUGAAGUCCACAUUGCCAUUGAUGUGAGUUUGGCUGCUGGGUUCUUCUUGUCUGCUGUCUGCUUCACUUACAUCACCCACUCCUAUGUCUUGAUCUUCUCAGCCGUGCUGAGGAUGCCGUCCUCCGAGGGCCGAACCAAAGUCUUCUCCAUCUGCCUGCCCCAUCUCACUGUCAUCAUCAUUUUUCUCUUCACUGGAGCAUUUGCCUAUCUCAAACCACCUGCAGCCUCGCCCUCGGCUCUGGAUCUGCUGGUUUCCAUGUUCUACACUGUGGUGCCCCCCACUGAGAACCCCCUCAUUUACAGCCUGAGGAACAGGGACCUGAAGGCUGCCCUGGGCAGGUUCCUAAGGGGACAUUCCCCCAGCAUCCAUUCUGGGACAAAAUGUCCGUGUCCAUGCACGAAUACUCCUCUACCACCCUUUAAAAGAGGAAUUGCCCUGAGACAUAAUGAUAUAUACCACUUACCCAGAGGCCCAAACAACGUCAGGAUAUUCAGCGUUUGUCAAGAGCUAUUUGUCCUCACUGCAAUAUCCUUUGACCACUAUGCCACCAUCUGCUCCCCUUUGUGUUAUGAGCUCAUCAUGAACAAAACUGCCUGUUUCUUCUGUGAUGUCCCCCGUAUGUUGAAGAUCUCCUGCCCUGAGGACCACAUUGCCAUAGAUGUGAGUGUGGUUAGUGUGAUAGUCUUAGAUGGCAUCUGUUUCUUUUUCAUCAUCUUCUCCUAUGUCUGCAUCUUCUUAGCCGUGCUGAGGAUGCCGUCUUCCGAGGGCUGGGCCUAA